AUUUGGUGCCUUAAUUUAUUAUUCAACAGAUACCUACUGCUGGUUCGAACGUCCGAUCGGAGAAUCCGUUCGUUGGUGGAAUAUUUGCAAUCUAGUUCUGAAUUAAUUGCUAAUUUAGAUAUUUCUAUCAUGUCUCGUGUAUUGGUCGGAGUUAAGAGAGUGAUCGAUUAUGCCGUCAAGAUCCGUGUAAAGCCGGACAAAACCGGUGUCGUAACUGAGGGCGUGAAGCACUCGAUGAAUCCAUUUGAUGAGAUUGCAGUCGAAGAAGCAGUCAAGUUAAAGGAGAAGAAGAUCGCAUCGGAAGUCGUAGCCGUGUCGGUCGGUCCCACUCAAUCGCAAGAGGUAUUGCGAACAGCAUUAGCCAUGGGAGCAGACCGCGGCAUUCAUAUCGAGGUGUCCGGAAAGGAUUACGAUUUGCUUCAACCGAUUCAUGUCUCGAAAAUUCUAGCCAAGCUGGCCCAGGAUGAAAAAGUAGAUCUCGUGAUCCUGGGCAAGCAGGCCAUCGAUGACGAUUGUAAUCAAACCGCACAAAUGACCGCUGCUUUACUAGAUUGGCCCCAGGCUACAUUUGCUUCCAAGGUGGAAAAAACCGGCGAAGGUUUAACGGUGGUACGUGAGGUCGAUGGCGGUCUGGAGACAAUCAAGACCAAAGUGCCAGCCGUGAUCAGUGCUGAUUUGCGUCUCAACACUCCCCGCUAUGCUACGCUACCGAAUAUUAUGAAAGCAAAGAAGAAACCCAUCAAAAAGUUGGCACCGAAGGAUCUCGGAGUGGAUACCACUCCGCGAAUCGAAAUCGUAUCAGUUGAGGAUCCACCGGUGCGUCAAGCCGGUUCGAUUGUACCGGAUGUCGACACCCUGCUGGGUAAACUGCGCGACGGUGGUCACAUUAAGUAGAACCGUAGAGAAAAAACCGAGUGAUUGUUUCGUAAAGCUUUUAACAGUGUCCAUAUCAAAGUGCAUUUUUCCAAUCAUCAUCGUGAUUACGAAACAACUAGAAAACAAAUGUUGAAAUAUGUUUGUAGUGAAGUCAACAUACAUUCACUAAUAAACGAACGAUCGAGUGCUUCCUUCUAA